AUGUUUUAUGUUGACGCGUGCAGCCAAAACUACCGAAUGCCCAACUCCGCCCCGGUUUUUUCCCAGGGUUUUCCUCAACCGAACCGGGCACCGUCUUUGGUUUCCCCUAACGACGUUCAAAAUUGUACCAAUGAUGGCCUGGUGAAUCCGCAUCAGGCACCCCUGUUUACCGUCUCCCAACAGGGUUCAGUAGUUGCAGCAAGUGUUCUUCCACGCACAGUGUUGUGGACAGCGAACGGGAUGUACGGCGUAACGCAGAUGAGGGAAGGCCCCGAAGAGGGAGCAACUCGAUUCGUCCCAUCAAAAAGUCCCGAUGGAACACCCGUGUCAGCGAUGCAGUCCAUGUUUCUUCCGCCGAUGCAGCAACAACAACAACAACAACAACAAGCUUCCAAUUGUCCUCUUCUCUACAUUUUGACGACUGUCGCAGUGCCACAGACGUAUCCGCAGACCUCUCUACAAGAGCAGAAGAGCCAACAUGUCACCCCUGUUACGCACCAAAUUAUUUCAAUGAAAGGCCCCAGCGUUGCACCAUCGCAAUCCAUCGGCAUUAACACUCUAAACCCUUCAUGUAUAACGAAUAAUUCUGACGCCAUGCAGACAUGUGGAUCUGGCAGUAAAGUGAAUGUCAAUGUGGUGUGUCGCCAUUUCAUAAAAAGUUGCUGCAACCGCAGAAAGUGCCGUUUCCUGCACACGCUCAACGAGGCCCCGCUCGCCAAUAUUUGA